UUGUCACUUAAACUACACACUAAGACCAGGUGUGGGAAGUAUCUGAAGUCCCGGACUAAAGAGUCUGGGAGGAAGGAUGAUUUCCUGUAGCAUCUGCAGGCAUCCGAAUGCCAAGACCUGCGGGCCUGGGCCUGCAACUAGGACACCUGCCAGUGGAUUUGGGAGGAUGUGAAGUCCCAGGGGAAGAAACAAAGCUAUUUUAAACUUAAGAUGGCCCCCAACUUAGACUGGAAGAUGCUUAUGAGAGUUGACCCAGAUGCUCUUCCACGUCAAGAGGAACUGGCGGAUAGAUUGCUGGAGACUGUGUCCAAAGUUGAAGGAAAUGACCUAAAAAGUGAAAAUCCUGAACAAGUAAUACAUCUUUUUAAAAUUACUCAGUCACUAAUGAAGAUGAAAGUUCAAGAAGCGGAGCUGGCUGUAGAAGAAGUUGAAAAAGCUGGAGAGGAGCAAGCCAAAGUUGAAAAUCAAUUGAAAGCAAGGAUGAUGAAACUAGAAAAUGAACUGGAGGUAGCUCGGCGAUCUACUGGUGGUCGUGACACUCGUUUUUUGCGUGAUGAGAUCCAUCAGUUGGAAAAACAGUUGGAACAAAAAGAGAGAGAAUUAGCAGAUAUGGAAAAAGAGCUAGAAAAAGAGAAGAAAGUCAGUGAACAGCUUGCCCUUCGAAAUGAAGAUGCUGACAAUGAAAACAGCAAAUUAAGAAGGGAGAAUGAACAACUUCGCCAGGAUGUAGUUGAUUAUCAGAGACAAAUAGAUUCACAAAAAGAGACACUUCUGAUGAGACGAGGAGAUGAUUCUGAUUACCGAUCUCAGUUGUCCAAAAAGAAGUAUGAACUUGUCCAGUAUUUGGAUGAAAUUCAGAACUUGACUGAAACCAAUGAGAAACUAGAAGCACAAAACCAAGAAAUGAGGAAGAAUUUGGAAGAAUCAGUGCAGGAAAUGGAAAAGAUGACUGAUGAAUAUAAUAAAAUGAAACUUAUUGUGCAGCAAUCUGAUAUUGUGAUGGAUCAGUUAAGAAAAGAAAAAGAACAGUAUAAAUUUCAGGUGCAAGAGCUAUCAGACCAACUGAAAGCAAAGAAUGAAGAAGAUGAUCCACUCAUGGCAGCUGUAAAUGAAAAAGUAGAAGAGUGGAAGAGAAUUUUGGCAUCAAAAGAUGAUGAGAUCAUCGAAUAUCAGCAAAUGUUGUUAAACCUGAGGGAGAAAAUGAAAAUGGCCCAGUUUGAUGUAGACAAAAACAAUGUUAUGGUGCUCCAGCAGGGUAUACAGGAACGAGACAGUCAUAUCAGGUUGCUUACUGAGCAAGUAGAACAAUAUACAAAAGACAUGGAAAAAAAUGCAUUGAUCAUAGAAGACCUGAAAAAUGAACUCCAAAAAGAUAAAGGUUUCUCUUCUCUAGUUCAGCAAAAUCACAUUGCAGCAAUACAGGAAAAAUUGCAGCUGCUGGAACAGAAAACUAAAGAAGCUGAACGGUCAGCAGAACUAGCAGAAGCAGAUGCUAUGGAGAAGGAUAGAGAACUUAUUGAGACUCUGAAGCGGAUGAAAGAUUAUGAAAUGGGAAUAUAUGGUUUGGAAGAUGCUGUGGUUGAAAUAAAAGAUUUAAAAAAGCAGAUUAAAAUAAGAGAUCAUGAGAUAGAAGCCUUAAUCAAAGAAGUGAACAAACUGGAACUUAAAAUUAAUGAUUUUCUUGAUGAAAAUGAAGACCUCAGAGAACGUCUAGGUCUUGAUCCAAAGACAAUGAUCAAUUUAAAUGAAUUUAGAAAGAGCAAAACACUGAAACAACAGCAGUACAGAGCAGAAAACCAGAUUCUUUUGAAAGAGAUUGAAACACUAGAAGAAGAAAGAGUUGCACUGAAGAAACAGAUUCGUAAACUGGCUCAGGAGAAAGGAAAAAGAGCUGCAUUAUUAGGAUUGGAUGCAGGUGACCUCCAGCUGACUGAUAGCUUUACUGAGGAGAUGAAGACGAAUAAAAGGAAAUCAGAUUUCAUGAGCACAGAUGAUGCUGAUGAAUUUAAAGCCAAGAAUGAGCAGAUAUCCAGGAAUUUGUUGGCCAAGAACAUACUCAAUAGAAAUACAGAAUUAGAGCUUGAAAAAUGCAGAAGCCAGGCAGUGCAGUAUGAAUACCUUGCAAAAGAAUUAAAUGAGAGAGAGAGAGACUUGGAACAGAACAGGACUGUAAUAGCUAAAUUUCAGUCUAAAUUAAAAGAAUUAUCAGAAGAAAAUAAACAACUUGAGCAAGGAAUGAAAGAAAUACUAGAAGCUGUCAAAGAAAUGCAGAAGGAUCCUAGUGUGAAAGGAGGAGAAACAGCACUAAUCAUCCCUAGUCUGGAAAGAUUAGUAAACGCAAUUGAAUCAAAAAAUUCAGAGGGACUCUUUGAUGCCAGAUUGCAUUUGAAGGCUCAAGCUGACCAACUUACAGGGCGAAAUGAAGAGUUAAGGCAGGAGCUGAAAGUAUCUCAGAAGGAGGCAACAAAUUUUUCUAACCAGUUAGCAAAAGCAAAUGUAAAAAUUGAACAACUUGAAAAUGAGUUUCAUUUGUUACGGCAGUCAGAAGGGGCCAAUAUAGUAUUCAGAACAGUAAAUCUUCCUGAUGGGAUGGUUCCUUCAAGUGCUAAUAUAAUUAAUUCUCAGAAUGAAUAUUUAAUACAUCUUUUACAGGAACUAGGAAAUAAGGAGCAGUUACUUAAGAAAUUGGAAGGAGGAGUGGAAGAUUACAAGCGAAAAUUUGCAGUCAUUCGUCAUCAACAGGGUUUGUUGUACAAAGAAUAUCAAAGUGAAAAAGAAAGUUGGCAAAAAGAAUCUGAAAAAAUGAAAGAAGAAAAGAAAAAGCUAGAAGAACAAAAAGAACAGGAUGCAGUUAAAAUAAAGGAAUAUACUAAUUUAACGGAUGCACUUCAGAUGGAUGGUGAUGAAACCAAAAAACUACUUGCAGAAAACAGUAGAAAAAUGACAGUCCUACGAGUGAAUGAAAGGUUACUGACAAGACAGUAUACAACCAUACGUGAAAUGGAGCGAUAUCUUAGAAAAGAAAAUGAAAAACAGAAAGCUGAACUAACAUUGAUGGAGACGGCAGUUACAGAAAAGUUUGGACACUUUCAGCGAUUCAAGGAAAUGGCAAACUUCAAGAUUGCUGCCCUGCAAAAAAUAUUGGAUAGCAGUGUACCUCUAUCUGAGCUAGAUCUGGCUAAUAAGCAGUAUAACGAGUUAACUGCUAAAUACAGAGAUAUGUUACAAAAAGAUAACUUGCUUGUCCAGAGAACAACUAACAUGGAACAUUUAGAGCGUGAGAACGCAUCCUUGAAGGAACAGAUAAAUUUAUUAAAUAAGGAACUUGAGAUCACAAAAGAAAAGCUUCAUACCAUAGAACAAGCUUGGGAGCAAACAACUAAGUUGGGGGGUGAUAAUACCAUGGACAAGGCUGCAAAAGCAAUAACCAACAGUGAGAUCGUUUCUAUUUCUAAGAAAAUCACCAUGCUGGAAAUGAAAGAACUGAAUGAAAGACAGAAAGCUGAACAUUCUCAACGAAUGUAUGAACACCUAAGGAAUACUUUAAAACAAGUGGAAGAACGUAACUUUGAACUGGAGACAAAAUUUGCUGAGCUUACCAAAGUCAACCUUGAGGCACAGAAGUUGGAACAAACAUUAAGAGAUGAGCUGGCAAACAGUGUGAGUAAGGCAGUAAGUGAUGCAGAUAGACAACGAAUAAUGGAUCUAGAGAAGAGUGAGAUGGAGCUAAAAAUAGAAGUAUCCAAGUUAAGAGAGCUGUCUGAUAUUGCCAAAAUGCAGGUUGCAGCACUAAAGGCACGCCAGCAAUCCAGAGAGAAAGAAGUUGAAUCCCUUAGAAUGCAAGUUUUAGACUUUCAGGCAGAGUCGGAUGAAAAAGCACUUAUUGCAAAACUACAUCAGCAUAUUGUAGCCCUUCAAAUUAGUGAGUCCACUGCUGUGGGGAAGGUAGAGACACUUGCACUGAAACUUCAAAAGAUGGAGAUCUGUAAUUUACGCCUGGAACAAAAACUCGAUGACAAAGAACAAGCAUUAUAUUAUGCCCGGCUAGAAGGGAGACAUAGAGUCAGACAUCUACAUCAGACAGUGCAGUCUCUGCGACGACAGUUUUGUGGUGCUCUGCCCUUGGCCCAACAGGAGAAAUUCUCUAAAACCAUGAUUCAGCUACAGAAUGACAAAUUGAAAAUCAUGGAAGAAGUUCAGAAUGCCCAAGAAAAACGUCGAAAUGCAGAAAACAAAGCACUCGAGAUGGAGUUAAAGCUAAAAGGUUUAGAAGAGUUAAUAGGCACAUUGAAAGAUACGAGAGGAGCACAAAAGGUAAUUGAAUGGCAUAUGAAAAUGGAGGAACUUCGUCUCCAGGAACUUAAACUGAAUCGAGAAUUAGUCAAGCAAAAAGAAGAGAUGAAAUAUUUGAAUAAUAUCAUUUCUGAGUAUGAACGUACAAUCAACAGUCUGGAAGAAGAAAUUGUACAGCAAAAUAAGUUUCAUGAAGAGCGACAGAUGGCCUGGGAUCAAAGAGAAGUAGAAUUAGAACGUCAGUUGGAUAUAUAUGAACGUCAGCAAAGUGAAAUCCUUAGUACUGCUCGAAAGUUUGAAGAGGCUACAGGAUCCAUUCCAGAUUCUAGCUUACCCCUUCCACAGCAGCUUGAACUAGCUUUAAGAAAAAUUAGGGAGCAUGUUCGAACAAUCCUGGAAACUCGGUCAACCUGCAAAUCAUUAGAAGAGAAACUGAAAGAGAAGGAAGCUGCUCUGUGGAAAGCAGAACAAAAUAUUUUGUCAAGAGAUAAAGUUAUAAAUGAACUAAGACUUCGAUUACCUGCCACAUCAGAAAGAGAGAGGCUUAUUGCUGAGUUAGGUAGAAAAGAUGAUGACUCAGAAGGCCACCAUGCUUUGAAAGUUUCCUACCAAACCAUUAAAAAUAUGCAAGCAAGAUUAAAUCAGAAGGAAGAAGUCUUGAAAAAGUAUCAGCAUCUUCUUGCAAAAGCAAGAGAGGAGGAAGCAGAAAUUGCAAAGAAACAUGAAGACGACCUCAGGGUCCUACAUCAAAAGCUAGACUUGUAUGCUGACAAUUCACUUAAUAAAUUUAAAGAAACUGCACUGGAGUUGAUGAAGAAGCCUUCUUUAUCGGUUUCCACAAACAAACAUUUCAUUCGUCUGGCUGAAAUGGAGCAAACAGUAGUAGAGCAAGACAACUCUCUUGCUUCACUUUUAGGAAAAUUAAAGAAAACUGCAUCUGAUUUAGAGAAACAAAAGCAAAUUACUUUAAUGAAAACCAAAGAGUUUGAAAAUUUUAGGGCUCAACUGGAAGAAAAGCAUGCAGCUGAAGUGAAACAGUUGAAAGAUGAAGCAAAUGAAUUGAGAAACAAGUUAUCUCAAAUAGAAAAGGAAUUACUGAAUGUAAAAACUGAAUUAGAAGCUCAGAAAGAAGCAAAUAAUAGGGCACCAACAACUACAAUGAAAAACCUAGUAGAACGGUUGAAGAACCAGUUAACUUUAAAAGAGAAGCAGCAGAGAGCCCUGAGUAAAGCACUUCUAGAGCUCAGAGCAGAAAUGACUGCAAAUGCUGAACAGCAGAUUAUUUCUGUAGCAUCACAAAAAGAAACAUACAUGAACGUUCAGCAGAUCGUUAACAGGCAAACAAAGGAGCUCACAGCUCAAAUAGAGGAGUUAAAUGAGCAGCUUACAAAAUUUAAAGAUGCCCUUAAAAUAAGUAAAAAUAGAGAGAACUCUGUGUUAGAGGAAAUGGAUGAUUUAAACCAAGAACUUCAGAAAAAGCAAAAAGCCUUUACUAAAGUGAUACGAGAAAAAGAUGAAAUGGAAAAAGAAAAUGAAGAAUUGAAAAAGCGGAUAAAAAGACUAACAAGUAGCAUUCAGAGCAAAGCUGAUGAACAGAAUCAGAUAGAUGAACUUCAGAAAAAGGUUAAGAAGUUAGAAAAUGAACUUGAAAAGAAGAAUGAAGAAGUAGAAAAGAGAAGCAUAAGAGAGGAGAAGAGUUCUAAGGAUGAAUUAGUUAGAUGGGAAGAGGGUAAGAAAUGGCAAGCCAGAAUGGAAGGGAUGCGGAACAAACUGAAAGAGAAGGAGAAGGAGACAGAGACUUUAACAAAACAGUUCAGUACAUUAAAGGAACUUUAUUCCAAGGCUGAAAAAGAGAAAACUGCAUUGCAAAAGAAACUCAAAACCACUGGUGUAACUGUGGAUCACGUUGUGGGAGUACGAGCUUCAGAGACAGAAAAGGAGCUGGAAGAACUAAGGAAAAGGAAUGCAGGCUUAGAAAAUGAAAUUGCACAUAUGAGAACCCAACAAGCUAUCCCACGAGACUCUGUUGUAGAAGAACUGCAUUUAAAAAAUCAAUAUCUACAGGAAAAGCUUCAUGCCUUGGAGAGAGAGUUUUCAAGAGAGACUUUUUCUAGACCAUCUACAUCAGGAAUAGGAUCAGAUGACCAAUAUCAAAGGGAACAGGAAUUUCAGAAGGAGAAUUUGAGACUAUCAUCUGAAAAUGUUGAAUUAAGAUUCCAGUUAGAACAAGCUAAUAAAGAUUUGCCAAGGUUAAAGAACCAAGUGGGUGACUUGAAAGAAAUGUGUGAGCUGCUUAAAAAAGAGAAAGCAGAAGCUGAGCGUAAAUUAGGCAAUGUUAGAGGGUCUGGAAGAAGUGGAAAGACGGUACCAGAAUUAGAGAAAACUAUUGGUUUGAUGAAAAAAGUGGUGGAGAGAGUCCAAAAAGAAAAUGAAGAUCUGAAAAAGGCCCCAGGAGUAGUCUCUAAUGAGAAACUAGUUAGCUUAGAACAUGAAAAUGAGAGGCUAAAGUCUGAAAUAGAAAAACUGAAACUUCAUCUGGGAGGCCAGCUGAGCGUGCGUUAUGAAUCCAAGACCAAAGGCAUGGAAAAAAUCGUUGCUGAAAAUGAGAGACUACGUAAAGAUUUGAAAAAAGAGGCUGAUACUGCAGAGAAGCUACGGAUAGCAAAGAAUAAUGUAGAAAUAAUAAAUGAAAAGUUGACUGUGCAGCUGGAGGAGACUGUUAAGAAGUUAAAUUCUGCUGAAAGCAGAGGCCCACUACUUGAAGGAGCUGACAGCAAAAGAUGGAAAUCGAUUGUUGUAACAAGGAUGUAUGAAACCAAGAUGAAGGAACUGGAAACAGAUAUUGCCAAAAAAAAUCAAAACAUUAUUGAACUGAAACAGCUACUGCAAGAGGCAACAGAACAUGAACACAGCACUGAAAAAAACAUACAAGACUUAAAAGAACAAAUUGAGCUUCUCAAACAUUUUCCUGAAGAUGCUAAAACAGAGCAAGGCCUUAACAGAGAGCUUCAGCUUCUCAGGUUAACAAACAAUCGGCUGGAAAAGGAAAAAGCAGAACUAGCUCAUCAAAUGGAAACGUACAAGCAUCAGAGAGGUAUAAAUGCAAGUGGAGGCUCUGCAAAUGAACAAGAUGAGUUUUUGGAUAGAGGUAGAACUGACAAGCUAAUGACAGAUAUGGUUGACCUUCAGACACAUCUGAAAGCAUCAGAACUAGAAAAGCAGCAACUUAAGGAAGAAAUCAAGAAGUUGAGAAAAGAACUGGAAAACUUCGAUCUUUCCUUCUUUGAAGAAAUUGAGGAUCUGAAAUAUAACUACAAUGAAGAAGUGAAAAAAAAUAUCAUCUUAGAGGAGAGAUUAAAGAGGCUUUCUGAACAGUUUGAAGUUAAAGUGGAUAUCCCCGCUAGUGUUUCUAUUGAUUAAUUUGCAGUUAAUUAGUGCAAGCAUCAAUAUGAAAACUUGCGUAUCACUCAAUAUUCAGACUUGUUUUCACAAGUUGUUAAGACCAAUGAUUUGAUGCCAGUGAAGCUUGUUAUUUUUGAAAGCUUAUGUCAUCAGUUCAUAUAUUAUAUAUAGCUGAGGUUUAGCUUUUACACUUAUCUUCCCCACUCAUUUUGCCUUGUAUGCUUUAGUUCAGAAGCGCUACUGUAAUGCUGUGUUGAAUUAUCAGGAGAGAGAAAAGGAUUUCAUCAUGCUUGGAAGAGAUAUGUUGUUGGACUAGAACUAUUCCUACCACUUCUACUCUUUCAUGCCUCCAGUGCAAGUAGUAAAUAACGUAUUCCUGCUGUCUAACACUAGUAGGGUAAUUCAGGAAUUGACAGGUGGUCCUUUUGAUAUUCAAGCCACGCGUUAUUUCCCACCUCCACUUAAGAAAUUCAAGAAUGAAGAGGUUAAAUCAGCAUGCCAGUAAAUAUUUUUAUAUGUAGAUGUACAGGUAACUUAUCUGAAAGUUUUCAGUAUUUUUGUAGAUCUUUAUUGGUGUAUAUAUCUUUACAAUACAGCUGUAGACAGACCAAGGGAAUCAGAAUAAACAGCAAUUUAAAUAGUC